UAGGGGAUAAGUGGUGUCGCAGACCUCCUCCCCAUGUUGAGAGAUGGUUUCUCUAUUGUGAUGUAGUGGCCUCUUUCACUCCUCUUUCAAGCCAUCUGUCCUCCUUGUCCAAAAUAUGUACAAUGUUGUCAUCGAGUGUCCUUCAAAUACACACCUUCUGGCAAUAUCGUAAGGAGAACCCUCAGACCAGAGUAGGUGAGCCUCCUCCUGAUGGCCUCCCUGGCUUUAACAGCGGCGUCAUAUUAUUGGACCUCGGUGCAAUGAGGGCUUCGGCUCUCUACAACCAACUGUUGGAGCCUAGAAAUGUGGCCAAACUAGCAGACCAGUAUCGCUUCAGGGGGCACCUAGGUGACCAGGACUUCUUCACCAUGAUCGGCAUGGAGCAUCCUGAACUGUUUCAUUCCCUGGCCUGUGGGUGGAACCGGCAGCUGUGCACCUGGUGGAGGGACCACGGAUAUGGAGAUGUGUUUCAAUUGUAUUAUCACUGUAGUGGACCCGUCUAUAUUUACCAUGGGAACUGUAACUCCCCUAUACCAGAUGACUAAUGUGUGUACUGGACUGAUGCUGGAAACUGAAAAGGAGUCUUAUCACAUCUACAAUAUAGUUGGAGGGAGGAUGGCAGUUUCCUUCCUUCCUUCUUGAACACUGUACUGCCUAUGUAGUCACAGACUACUGCCCCCUGCUGGUCAAGGGGCUACUGAAGGGGGGAGAAGCUGCAAUAGUGGGGCAUAUUUCUUCAGGUACCCAGAUGAUGGAAAAGAAGAAAACUGAUCAAUGGAGUUCAUUUUCAUCAACAAAUCCAUUAAUUUGAAGGUAGUAGAAAUACGCUGUUGACUUUCCAAAGUAAUCCACCAGGAACGUGUUCUCAUCUGUGUAAUUGGCCAACACAGCGACUUGCUGGAUGACGUACCUUUACAUUGGGGUAAUAGAUCAACUUUUGUGCAGGUGCCCUCUGUGUGGCAAACCUAGCUGCAUCAGCGUUGGUCUCAUUCAAACAAAUGAGGGGAAUAUUGUCAGAAUGAAUGAGGCCAUCAUUCAUUGUUGAUGUCACUGUCAAGUAAUUUACUUUUCAUUUGCUUAUAUAUUCAUUGAUUUCAAUAAAUGUUAGUAUUCGUUUUGAGGAGUAUCUAAAAGAUCACUAUCCAUUACACAAAGUGGCAUAAGCGACUUUUUUUGAGUUGGUAAUUCACAGGGAAAUCAUAUGGCUAAGAAAUGUUGCCUGCAAUGAGUUUUAUAGGGUCAGCAAAAUAUGUUAAUUGGCAUCUAUGAACAGAACUUCCCUCCCUCUGCUCACUCUGUCUCCAGCGCCUCAAGUUUUCCAUCAGUGAUCCAAAUUCACUCUGCGUCGCCGUAACUACCUUCAACACCACAGGUGAGGCUAAUCUGGUGCCAUUUACAUCCCUUGUAGAAGAAAGGGAGGGGUUUGUUUACUACAAGUGCACUCCCAUCUUUACUGAGCCACGUGGGCGCUGGGCAAAACACACUGCCACAGUUCCUUUCAAACAUCUUUCUGUAGGUAGGAAGAUGGGGGAAGAAAAUCACAUUAGAGGGUGGAGGAGGCAUCUGGGAGAUAGUGGUUAACAGUGAUGGCACUGAUAGCUAUUGUUCGCACCCCGCAUUUGCAGUUUAGCUGAGGCCAAACACAAACCCACAUCAGCCAAACACACACGUCUAGAAGGAGCGGAGCAGCCGGGAACGUGACUGCAGACGCUGACCCAGUUUUGAGUUUUCUUGCCGUGCUCACUAAACUGACAGUCGGAUUCAAAGAAAUGUCAACGCUCAAUAUUCAUCAGUCAGGAAAUUGUCUGAGGUGAUGCGCACUUUAACACGCACGUAUAUACGGUGAGAGUGAAGCAGCUGAAUGCCAUGCACCAUCAGCGGAGUCACAGAAAGGCUACUGAAGACGCUUGAGAAUAAACAUUAUGCCAAAUCAAUACGCUUCCCUUGAAUUCACCCUGGCACUGAUCAAUAUUCUCUCUACCUCUUUCAGAACAAUACUGUUUAGUCUCAAUAGAUCCAAAUUGUUAGCAAGAAGAACCAUUGAAUCACAGUAAACACUGAAAGAAUACUUCCAUUCUCUGUUAUUGCUUGCACUUUACAACUUCAAAACACAUGCUUUAUCAUCAAGGGUUUUGUUGACUAGAUGAUGGUUAGAUUUAUUUUACUGCGUUUAUUAUUAUUGGUUCCUUGUUUUUAAAGAGCAUACCAAUGACUUUGUACAUUUUAGCCCAUUAACUUUACUUUCAUAUUUGUCAUUUUCGAUUGAUGUCCUACUCUUUAGGCUGCAAUUUUCUUUCAGUCCUUUAUUAAAAUUGCAAAGACUAAACGUUGCUUGAGACUGGUAAUCCAUCGCAGUGAGAAUUGUUUUCCUUUUUGUCAGUACAUUAUUAUGUAGUAUUGCAGAUGCAAGUGGUACAUUUCAGUAUUCUUCAUAGUGGUGCAUUCAAAGACACUUCAUUAUCACAGAAAGGAUAAUUAUCUGCUGAACAAAGUUGCAUCUGUAACUAUGUUGAAAAAUCUUAUCCAGAAAUAAAAACAGUAUGCAGACAUGGACACUGUGAAAAAGACUGAUGAAUCUGAUCAUUCCUUCUAUAAAAAUGCCAACGUUUUACGCAGUUAGAGUGAGUUACCCCUGCUCACAACUACAUUACUUUGACAUGACAAAACAAUCAAAUGCAAUACAUUGUUCAACGUGAUGGGUUUAUCUCUAAAAUAUAUUUUAAAGUUUCUGCAAGUUAAAAGAUCUGAAACUAUUGACUCUGUGAAAGAGGAAUCUAAACAUGAUCUAAACAUUUACAUGUUGCUCUGGUUGGCAUAUUGAAAAAUUUUGGCACUAAAACAUGCAAAUCCAACAGUAUCAUCCUUUAAAAUAAAUCCUUUUUGUGCUUUGUCAAAUGUUUAUCGCUAAACUGACGGUAUAUACUGUAGAUCCACAGUAUAUACCGUCAGUUUUGGUAACACUUAAUCUUGCCAGUCCGUAAUCUGCCACUGCUAUCCUAAUGAUAGUUGCUGUGAAGUUUCCAGUGUAAUCUGUUACUAAUAAUAGGGAAAAUCCUCGAAAGAACUACUCUAUUUAUAUCAAGGUAAAUAUUCAUUCGUUGUUCAUUUAUCAUUUGAAACUUUAUUCUUUAUAUAUGUUAAAUUGUAUUAUUGCCUGUAGAUAAAAUUUCCCAUUUUGUCCAGCUGAUUUGUUGUGCACUUACUAAAAGACUAUCUGGGUUAGGCUAGCAGUUAUUAUUCGUACGUUUUCCCUGUUAGUAUGAAAUUACAUACCUGCAGUUCUUUCCAGGAAUCUCCUUUGAAAUUAUUAGGAAAUGAUACACCUGUAAAAUAAAACAUUACCCCUGUGUUUAUGUCUAACUUUUACCCCUUUCAACAUGUGUAUAACAAAGGACAUUGUAAAUAGCUGGAGAUCCAAGAUGGUGUAUAGUGAAAAUUAUCUGGUUUAACUUGAUAAAUGUUAUAAAGGUAGUAACCCACGUUUACCCGCCAACAGUAGACACUUCCUAGUCGGUUGCUUCAAAGAGGUAAAUGACUGUUAUGUGUCAGUAAAUUGAAUGUGCAUCAUUUUAAAGGGCUAAUAGAUGUUUGCAAACAAGUGUAUAAUAAAUGUUCCAUAUUUGACUUAGAAUCUCCUUGACAGAUUAGAAAGCUGCUGUGUUCAGUGUUAAAGCUGUCAAGUUUGACCUCUCAUUGAUGAGCCUCCUGUGAGACAAAAAUACAAAUAAGUUCCCAUUUUUGUGUUAACUGUUUGUCUACAUUAUUUCUGAAAUGAUUCUGUGUUCGGCUUCCCUAAAUAAAUUAUAUGAUAACUUUA